CUGCAGCUCGGAUCUUUACCCACGGUCGCGCAGCGUGGCGGGCGGUGCUGUGCCCGAGAAAGGGCGGGUAAGUGUGGCUCUGCCUAGUUCCGCGCGACGCCCGUGUGACUGCCGGGCUGAAAGCCGGCUUGGCUCUUAGAGGAGACCAGUUGUCCCGAGGCAAAGUUUCUUCCUCCUAGGCAACCUGAGCAGCUCUCCUCUUCUCGGGGCCGGCCCAAAGGCCCCGCUAUGGACGGCGAAAGCGAGGUGGAUUUUUCCAGCAACGGCGUUACCCCUUUGUGGCGGAGACGGUCCACCCCUCCGCUCCAGCUGCUCGGCCGGAGCAAGCCGCGGCCACAGUCCUACCAGAGCCCCAGCGGGCUGCUAAUCACCGACUUUCCGGUGGAGGAAUUGGCUGCUCUGCCUCCUCCGCAGACUCCGGCCCGCGUGCCCGCCGGCCCGGAUGGCAGAACCGUGUCCAGGAGCCCCCAGCUUCUAUGCGCGCAUCGGAGGCCAGUAACCAAUAGUCGCACGGUGUCCCCGGACUACAGAGCUGCUUCUCCUCGACUCCGACGGCCCAAGUCACCCCUGGUUUCUCAAGCGGCGUCGGGCAGCUCCCUCAAGUCCCCUGCUAAUGGCACUGUGUCUUCGCCUCCUGAGCUUUUGUCGCGGGUCUCGCGGACUCCAGACACUCCUGCCUCUUGCGACCCCGAGGAGGACCUUACCAGGGUGAAUGCCAGUAAGCUACCGUCGCCCAUUGCCAAUGGCCUUGCCACUAAAAUCAACUCACUUGGCUCAGCAUCUCAAACUGGUCAACCGGCUAGGGACUUGGAGCCUCGCCCCUCUAGACUCUCUCCUACUCCCCAGCCCAGGUCUUCCGAACAAAAACUGCCGCUCCAAAGGCUGCCCUCCCAAGGCAAUGAGCUCCCAAACCCUUCCGUGGUUUUGAGUACCAACAGCCCUGCGGCCCUCAAAAUGGGAAAGCAGCAGAUUAUCCCGAAAAGCCUCGCCUCGGAAAUUAGGCUGAGUAAAUCCAACAGCCAGAAUGCAGAGCCCCACAAGAGGCUUCUCAAAGUGCGCAGCAUGGUGGAGGGACUGGCAGCACCCCUGGGCCAUGAAGGAGAGGAAGGGGAAGUCGACAACGAUGUGGACAGCCCGGGGUCCCUUCGGCGAGGCUUGAGGUCCACCUCUUACCGAAGGGCAGUGGUCAGCGGCUUUGAUUUUGACAGCCCCACCAGCUCAAAAAAAAAGAACAGAAUGUCCCAGCCUGUUCUGAAGGCGGUAAUGGAAGACAAGGAAAAGUUCUCUAGCCUGGGAAGGAUCAAGAAAAAAAUGCUGAAAGGACAAGGAACAUUUGAUGGGGAAGAAAAUGCGGUCUUGUAUCAAAACUACAAAGAAAAGGCCCUUGACAACGACUCUGAUGAGGAUCCAGAGCCCAAAGAACCGAAGCCAGAGGAGAAAAUCGUGAUCCACCAUAAGCCGCUGCGGUCCACGUGGAGCCAGCUCUCUGCGGUGAAAAGGAAUGGGCUGUCUCAAACAGUGAGCCAGGAAGAAAGAAAGCGACAAGAGGCAAUCUUUGAAGUCAUAUCCUCAGAGCAUUCAUACUUACUCAGCUUGGAGAUCUUAAUACGGAUGUUUAAAGACUCUAAAGAACUGAGUGACACUAUGACUAAAACAGAGAGGCAUCACCUUUUCUCCAAUAUUACAGACGUCUGCGAGGCGAGCAAAAAAUUCUUUACAGAAUUGGAAGCAAGACAUCAGAAUAACAUCUUUAUUGAUGAUAUCAGUGACAUUGUAGAAAAGCACACGACGUCCACAUUUGACCCCUAUGUGAAAUACUGCACCAAUGAAGUCUACCAACAGAGAACGCUACAGAAGUUGUUAGCCACCAACCCCUCCUUUAAGGAAGUGUUGUUCCGGAUUGAGUCCCAUGAAGACUGCAGGAACUUACCUAUGAUUUCUUUUCUCAUUCUCCCCAUGCAGAGAGUGACUCGUCUUCCCCUGCUGAUGGAUACUAUCUGUCAAAAAACACCCAAGGACUCUCCGAAGUAUGAAGUCUGCAAAAGGGCCUUGAAGGAAGUGAGCAAGUUGGUUCGACUGUGCAAUGAAGGAGCCCGGAAGAUGGAGAGGACGGAGAUGAUGUACACAAUUAAUUCCCAGCUGGAGUUUAAAAUUAAGCCCUUCCCUCUCGUCUCCUCAUCCCGGUGGUUGGUGAAAAGAGGGGAGUUGACAGCCUACGUGGAAGACACCGUGCUGUUCUCAAAGAGGAUGUCCAAACAGCAAGUCUACUUCUUCCUCUUCAAUGAUGUGCUUAUUAUCACGAAGAAGAAGAGUGAAGAAAGCUACAACGUCAAUGACUACUCCUUAAGGGACCAGCUGUUGGUGGAAUCUUGCGACAACGAAGAGCUGAAUUCUUCUCCAGGGAAGAACACUUCCACAAUGCUUUACUCAAGACAGAGCUCUGCCACUCACCUCUUUACCCUGACUGUCCUCAGCAACCAUGCCAGUGAGAAGGUGGACAUGCUGCUCGGGGCUGAAACCCAGAGUGAGCGAGCCCGCUGGAUCACAGCCCUAGGACACAGCAGUGGGAAGCAGCCACCAGACAGAACCACACUGACCCAGGUGGAAAUCAUUAGGUCCUUUACUGCCAAACAGCCAGACGAACUCUCCCUGCAGGUGGCGGAUGUGGUUCUCAUUUAUCAGCGUGUUGGCGAUGGCUGGUAUGAAGGGGAACGACUUCGAGAUGGAGAAAGGGGCUGGUUUCCCAUGGAAUGUGCGAAGGAGAUAACAUGCCAAGCUACUAUUGAUAAGAACGUGGAGAGGAUGGGGCGCUUGCUAGGCCUGGAGACCAAUGUGUAGCAUCUCAAAGGGUCAGCAGAAUG